CCAGGCCCCAGCCCUUCAAGCUCGGCAGCUGCUCCUGCGGAUCUGUCUCUCGCUUCAACAGUGUUUGGACGGAGCAGACCCAGGGAUCCGCUCCUCCCCCACCUCCAGCCUUGCACUACCUUUCAACCUCCUCUCCAGGUGCAACCUCCAGGACUAUCUUCUCGGCCAUCCGGUUACCGGGACUAGCUAACACCUUUUUUUGUGGUUAGCUCCUAAUCUUCGACCAACCAUGAGCUCUCAGAUCCGUCAGAAUUAUUCCUCCGAAGCGGAGGGCAACGUCAACCUCCUGGUUAACCUGCAUCUGAAGGCCUCCUACACCUACCUCUCUCUGGGCUACUAUUUCGACCGCGACGAUGUGGCGUUGGAAGGCGUGGAACAUUUCUUCCGCGAGCUGGCGAAGGAGAAACGCGAGGGUGCCGAGCGUCUCUUGAAGCUGCAGAACCAGCGUGGCGGCCGCGCAGUGUUCCAGGACGUGCCGAAGCCGCCCGCAAAGGAGUGGAAUGGAAUCCUGGACGCCAUGGAAGCUGCCUUGGCCCUGGAGAAGAGCCUGAACCAGGCCCUUCUGGAUUUGCACGCCGUGGCUACUGCCCACACAGACCCUCAUCUCUGUGACUUUCUGGAGAACCAUUUCCUCGAUGAGGAGGUGAAACUCCUGAAGAAGAUGGGCGACCACCUGACCAACGUCCGCAGAGUGGCCAGCCCUCAGGCUGGGUUGGGCGAGUAUCUCUUUGAGAGGCUCACCCUCAAGCACGACUAGGAGCCUCCAGAGCCUAGCGACCUGUGAGGACUCCUGCAUUCUCCUGUCCUCAUCAGGCUUCUGCCUGAACUUCUCCCGCCAGCCUUGAAUCAGCAUCUGAACCCCACCCUCCACGCCCUCUCCCAAGCCUGGACCAAAUGUAAACAAUAAAGCUUCUUUUUGCAGCA